AUGGAUCCAGGGCAGAAGUACAAGCCGUAUCAGCCGCUGGAGCUGAAGGACCGGCAAUGGCCGUCAAAGGUGCAGCGCACCUCUCCGAUUUGGACGUCUGUCGACCUGCGCGACGGUAACCAGGCGCUGGCCAACCCCAUGACCGAAGACCAGAAGCUGCUCUUCUUCAAGAAGCUCGUCGAGGUGGGCUUCAAGGAGAUCGAGGUGGCAUUCCCAUCGGCGAGUGACACCGACUUUGGCUUUGUGCGCAAGAUCAUCGAGUCGGGCAUGGUCCCGGACGACGUCUGGAUCCAGGUCCUGACGCCGGCGCGCGAGGAACUCAUCCGCCGCACCUUUGAGGCGGUCAAGGACGCGAAGCACGUCAUUCUCCACAUGUACAACGCUUCCUCGCCCCUCUUCCGUGAGGUGGUGUUUGGCAACGACCAGGCCAAGACCACGGACCUGGCCGUGCGCCACACCAAGCUCGUCUCGGAGCUGAUGGACCACUACAGCAAGCCAGAGAACGGCGGGACGACCUUCCGCUACGAGUACUCGCCCGAGACCUUUACGCAGACCGAGCCGGACUAUGCGAUCGAGCUGUGCGAGUCCGUGCGCAAGGCGUGGGGAAAGGCGUCCAAGGACAACAAGAUCAUCUUUAACCUGCCGGCGACCGUCGAGAUUGGGCCGCCCAACCACUACGCCGACAUGAUCGAGUACUUCUGCCGCAACAUUACCAACCGCGAGGAGAUCGAGGUGUCGCUGCACCCGCACAACGACCGCGGUUGUGGUAUCGCCGCCGCCGAGCUCGGCCUGCUUGCCGGUGGUGACCGUAUCGAGGGCUGCCUGUUUGGCAACGGUGAGCGCACCGGCAACGUCGACCUGGUUACGCUCGGCCUAAACCUCUUCUCGCAGGGCGUCCAGCCGGGUCCCCUGGACCUGAGCGACCUCCCGUCGCUGAUCGAGGUCGUGACCGGCUGCAACGACCUGCCGGUCCACCCGCGUCACCCUUACGCAGGCGAGCUGGUGAUGACCGCCUUUAGCGGCUCGCACCAGGACGCCAUUAAGAAAGGCUUCAACGCCCAGGAGAAGCGCAACAAGGCGGGCGACCCUGUCUGGAGCAUGCCCUACCUCCCGGUCGACCCCCGCGACCUCGGCCUGACGUACGAGGCGGUGAUCCGCGUCAACAGCCAGAGCGGCAAGGGCGGUAUCGCCUACCUGCUGAACCAGGGCCUCGGCGUCGAGCUUCCGCGCCGCAUGCAGGUGGCGUUCUACCAGGUGAUCCAGACGAUCGCCGACGAGACCAGCAAGGAGAUGUCGACGGACGUCAUCACCACGGCGUUCUGCGACACCUACCACCUGCCUCUCCCGGGCAAGGGCAAGAACGAGGGCAAGUUUGCCCUGCGCAACUUUACGCUGUCGGAGGAGGAGUCGCUGGGCGACUCGACCGGAGACCUCUCGACGCCGCGCCUGCGCACUUUCCGUGGCAAGAUCGUCCACAACGACAAGACGCACGAGGUGAGCGGCAAGGGCAACGGCCCCAUCUCGGCCCUGCUCGACGCGAUCGAGAGGGAGUUCAACGUCUCGGCCAAUGUGCGCGAGUACAGCGAGCAUGCGGUCCGUGCGGACGCCGCGCAGAUCGGCAGCAACGCAUCGGAGAAGCGUGGUCAGUCGCGCGCGCAGGCCGCCUCGUACGUCGAGCUGGUGCGCGCCGAUGACAGCGAGAAGCUCGGUGCGAACAAGGCGCCCGGCUUCUGGGGCGUCGGCAUCGACGCAGACAUCACCGCCACCAGUCUCAAGGCGGUGCUGAGUGCUAUUUCGAACAUGUUCUAA